AUGCGUCUCUUGAUUCUCGACGACGAGAAAGACGUCUGCCAUUUCGCGGCAAAGCUCGUCAAGAAGCGAAUCAAUGAGUAUGCACCAACGGAGGACAGACCAUUCGUUUUGGGACUACCCACUGGAGGGACCCCGAAGAAAAUGUAUGAUCGAUUGGUGGAGUUCUAUCAGGAAGGUCAGCUCUCGUUCAAACACGUCAUUACUUUCAACAUGGACGAGUACGUCGGUCUCCCCAUCGAGCAUCCUGAGAGUUAUCACUCUUACAUGUGGCAGAAUCUUUUCAAACACGUCGACAUCGAUCCUGAGAAUGUGAAUAUUCUCGAUGGAAACGCCCCCGAUCUCCAACUCGAAUGCGCCAAUUAUGAGGCGAAGAUGCAGCAAUUGGGUGGAGUGAAGCUUUAUAUCGGAGGUAUCGGCCCGGAUGGUCACGUGGCAUUCAAUGAACCCGGAUCCAGUUUAGCUUCGCUCACGCGAGUGAAAACUCUCAACAUGGAUACGAUAAGAGCUAACGCGCGUUUUUUCGGCGACGACAUUUCGAAAGUCCCGACGCAAGCUCUUACUGUCGGCGUUCGAACGGUAAUGAACGCUGAGGAAGUUCUGAUUUUAGUCAGCGGCGCUCACAAAGCGAUGGCUUUACGCAUGGCCGUGGAGGAAGGCAUAAAUCACAUGUGCACCGCUUCGGCCUUCCAAAUGCAUCCGAACGCGAUAUUCAUCUGUGACGACGACUCCACUCUAGAGCUGAGAGUCAAGACCGUGAAAUACUUUAAGGAUCUCAUGAAAGUUCACGCGAAAAUUGCUGAUUGA